UCGUGCUCUACCGCUUCCUGCGUGCUUUACAACAGAACAGAGCACAGCUGAGGCUUCUUUAUUUGUUAAUUAUUAAGCCUGGGAGCCAAGUCCGAAAUUGGCCCAUUGACGUACGGGUCCGAACAAACAAGUAAAAAUCACCCAAGACACGCACAUGAAUAAAUAAUUCUGCAGGUGCCCGAUAGUCGCUGGUACAAACCGAACGUUGGGUGUCAAGCUACUUUCUCUUCUUUAGAACAGGGUGACUCUCGCUUCGCGAUAAAUCAGUCCACUUUCUUGCGUUGCUGGCCUCAGCAGCAUCUUGUCUUGUAACCCGGGCUCGGUAGUCAGCUACCUCCUACAGUCCACACAAAAGCUAAUAGUAAUUUUAUCCGUUUCAUUAACUAUGGAUAAAUAAAACGCUUCUUGGAUGUCAAAGAACUGUCAGUAUAAGUACACUGUUUUUAUGAACUAGCUUCCCCCUCACCUGCCUCAGAAUAGCACUUUGUGUUCAACCUUUCAAGCCAGAGCGGUGCGUACAUGUAAUCUAUAUUUUUUAGCGGUUGAUCCUAUUCGCAUUUAUGGAGAUUUUAUCUUUCUCAGUUCCCAACCGAUCAAAGGGACAAACCGCCAUAGAAGUCACCAUAACGGCCCUCCUCUUCAUCUUUGCUGUGUGGGGCAAUCUUCUCCUGUGUUUCGCAAUCUACAAGAAACGCAACCUUCGCACCAUUCCUAAUGCCUUUUUCUUGAACCUCGCAGUGUCCAACUUAUUGCUGACGCUGUCACAACUUCCCAUUCUCGUCGAUACAAUAGUCAGAGGAGAGUGGAGUCUUGGAGAAAGGUUCUGCCACUUUUGCGCUUUUCUUGACAUCGCUUUGUUUAGCAUGAAUCUUUUCACGCUAACUGUGAUCGGCGUCAAUCGCUAUUUUAAGAUAGUCAAGCCAAACCGCUACGGAAACGUCUUCUUCAGAAAGUCUGUGAUCUUCGUGAUUGUGUUCAUUUGGUGCUUAGCAAUCACCCUGUGCAGUGGUCCUUUCUUAGGAUGGGGCAAAUACCAGUUUAUUCCGCUGAAGUCGCUAUGCUCCAUUUCGGAAAACGCUCAAAGCUCAUUUCGUAUCAUGAGCUCAGUUAUUGUUUCCUGUUGCAUCUUCAUGAUAAUUGCCUGCCACGUCAAAAUCGCCCAAGUAGUUCGUCACCACAGGAGACGAAUCGUCACAGAAAGAAAACCUCCUCAGAACGAAGGCCCCUUACAACUUGCACAUGAGGGACUUUGCGGAGCUAUAAGGGACCCACAGGAGCUGAGAGGGGAGGACGUGCAUAUCGCUCGUACAGUGUCGGUCAUAGUGGUCCUUUUCUGCUUGUGCUGGGUCCCAAAUGCGAUCCUGGACAUUCUUGUGUCACGUGGGGUGCACGUGACUCGCGAAGUGCGCAUGUUUGGCGUUUACAUGAUGUUCCUUGAUCUGGUCAUCAAUCCAACUGUCUAUGGCAUGAGAAACAGAGAAAUACGAAACAUGUUGAAGCGAUUAUUUCAUCUGGACUGAAGACAUCAAGAAUCGGACAACUGUUGAAUAAGAGGAACGAUGUUGUUAUGGUAACCUGUGCUAACCUCAAGUCUAGAGCCACUGAAAGCACAUCUUUUAAACGUAAUUGAAACUGCUGAUUAAGAGACUAUCAUUUCAUCAAAGUAAUUAAACAAGUGAAAAGAUGAAACAUCAUAUAUUUGAACUACGGAGAAAGAUAUGAAGACAUGAUUGAUCGUCGCAGUU